GCAGAGAUGAAAAAAACAACAACAAGGGCUUUAAAAACAUCCACAUUGUUCCGUCCAUCAGUAACAUCUGGUCAUCCAACCGGGGUACUGUGGCUACAUUCUCCUGUUUUCCGGCGCAUUUUUUAUUCUCCUCCAUCUCCGGGGAGGACAGAAAUCAAAGUUUAUAGUUUUUUCUUGCGUGAACCCACAACGCGAACAUGCCCAGCAAGAGGAAGAAGAACAAGCGCCGCAUGAGAAGGGUGCAGGCCCAGAGGAGAGUCCUUGAGGAGCAGCAUUCUACUGGCGCAGGCAAAGGAACCCCAGGAGUGGCUGCCGUGGCACCCCCUGAAAUAUUAAAUUGUCCCCCCCUUCUCCCACCCCCUCCAGUAGUAAAGGUUCCAGUCGUAAAGCCCCCUGAAAUAUCCAAUUGUCACCCCCUUAUUCCCCCCACUAUAGUAGUAAAGGUCCCAUUCGUACAGCCACCGGCCCCAGUCAAAGUACCAGAGCCUGAGCCUGUGGUGGUGGUGGUAGAGCCUGAAGUGGUAGCAGCUGAGGUUGAAGUUGAGACCCCAGUCGAAGCUCCAGUGGAGGUUGAAGUCGAGGCCCCAGAAGAAGUCCCAGAAGAAGUCCCAGUCGAGGCCCCAGAAGAAGUCCCAGUCAAGGCCCCAGAAGAAGUCCCAGUCGAGGCCCCAGAAGAAGUUCCAGUCGAGGCCCCAGAAGAAGUCCCAGUCGAGGCCCCAGAAGAAGUCCCAGUCGAGGCCCCAGAAGAAGUCCCAGUCGAGGCUCCAGAAGAAGUCCCAGUCGAGGCUCCAGAAGAAGUCCCAGUCGAGGCCCCAGUUGAGCCCCCUACAGAUGAAACUGCAGCAGGGCAGGAAGUUGAAGAAAGCAUCAUUCCAGAGACUGAGCCAGUAACUGAGGCCAUACCCAUUCCUGAGGCCCCUGUGUCAGCUCUUGCUGAAUUUAAGGUCCAGGUCGAAAACUACGUAGCCAUUACCACAGAGAUCGCACAGACUCAUGACGAGCCGUGGCUCGAGGCUGAAGUGGAGGCUGAAAUAGUUGACGAGGUCCAAGCGAAAGUAGAGGCAGUAGUUGAGGAAGAACCAGAGCCCGAUCCCGUGGUCAAGGCCGAAGCUGCCCCAGUUGUAGAAGCUGAACUUGAAGAGUCGGGAAUCAAAGACGGAGACAAUCCUAUCGUCAAAGCUGAAGCCAUUCCUGAAGAUAUUGAUGUAGAAAAGCAUGAGACUGUUAUGACAGAGGCACCUGAAGAGGUUCCAGUGGAGACAGAAAUUAUCCCAGAAAAGCUGUGGAAGCCCGUGGAAGCACCGGUCGAAGAAGCCCCCGUAGCCGAGGUCGCUCCAGCAGAGCUCCUUGUAGAGGCCCCAGUAGACCCUGUCAUCAACAUAAUGGCUGACUUUGCCAUCACAGAAUCUGUUCCCGUUGCGGAGGCAGCCAUGGCUGAACAGGUGCCCGCAGUCCCAACGGAUUCACUUGACGCCCUAUCGGAGUUGCUGAACGACGUCACUCUAGUCACUGAGCCCGCCCCUGUCACAGCUGAUAAAGUCAUUGACGAGCCAGAGUGUGAGGAGAAAGAGGCUAAAGAGGAAAUUGAAGCCCAGAUGGAAAUCGAGGCUAAAAAGGAUGCCAUAGAUGAGAAGACGGUCCUUGACGUCAUCUCUGGAGAUUUAUCUGCCCCCGACUCUGUCAUCUCAGAACUGCAGUGUCACACGCAGCUCGCCGCCCCCAAGGAUAUCCCAGCAGAGGCCGUGCUGAAUGGACAGAUGGCAGCUGAGGUGGCCAUUGAGGGAUAGAUCUCUAUGGAUUUCCUCAGUCAGUAUGAAGGACUGAAGAGAGCCUGACGGUGAGCCGACCAGCGAACUUUACUUUUCAUUUUUUAGGGCUUAAAGGGACCGCUGGGAAAUUUGACAGACAUCCAACAAUCAGUGCCUUUCUUGCUUGGGUUCUUACAAAAAAAAUAUUAAACAAGUUUAAAAUGCGAUAUGAAGGUGGGGGAAUAAGACUCUUUUUUUAAAACCAGAAUGUGACAAUUUGGAAUAAACAAAUGAUGGCUUUCAUAGAUUUCUGUAUCCCAUUGCAUGUAUUGUAGAUUUGCAUCAAUUGUAAAUGGCAUGCAUUGUGUAUGAAUACUGUAGAAUUGAUGAAUGUGGCAAUGGCUUGUCUUCACAUUUGGACCAUGUUUGUAUGGAUGAGAGGGAUUAAUUCCUUGUACACGUUUCCUGUUUUAACCUGGUUUGACUCCUUUUUGCGAAGGGACAGUAUCGCAGUUUGUACAGUACCAUAGCUACCCCCUCUUCUCCCUAUCACCAUUGUGGUACUUUUGUUUUUUCAGGGACUGUAUGAUGACAGCUCCACCCUCUUUAUUGUGUAGUGUCAGUGUGUCUACAGUCCCAAGUCUGUCCUGGGCAAUGUGAAAUGGUGUGUAGUUUUAGGUCCUCUGACCAGAUGCUCUUAACAUUUAAUUACCUACGCUGCCAACUGAAAACAGAGUACGGGGCCUGUAGAUCCUGUUUUUCUUUUCUAAUUCUGUUUUCAUAGACCAUAUGAUGUGGUACAACCGCUGUUUGUGUUCUGUUACGUGCUUUGGAAGAGACAAUGGAGUUGUCAUGUAAUUGAGGAGCUGGGUUGGAUUUCAUUCACCUUUUUGAAUAAAGAUGUUCCUCACCAAG